AUGCCGCAGAGUCCCACGUCCAGUGAGGACAUGGCACAGAGCUUCUCCGACUGCUCGGGGGGCUCCGAGUCGGAGAGCUCCAGGGAGGAGCUUCAACCCAUGCCGCUGCCGCUGCGACCUGCCAGCGGACGCCUGGAGUCUGGAGCAGCAGCCCACUCCCUCGACUCCCUGCUGAUCUGUGUGGUCAUCCCAGACCUGCAGCAGUCGAAAUCCAUGCGGUUUAAGUCAGAUGCCACAGUGUGGGUGGCCAAGCAGCAGAUCCUGUGCACGCUGACCCAAAGCCUGCGGGAUGUGCUGAACUACGGGCUGUUCCGGCCAGCGGUGGAGGGCAGGCCCAGCGGAUUUCUGGACGAGGAGGAGCUGCUGAGGGAUCACCCCCUGCCCACCAGCAAGGGGAUACCUACUCUGGAGUUUCGCUACAAGAGCAGAGUCUACCAGCAGCCCAAUGUGGACGAGAAACAGAUUACAAAACUGCACACCCAGGCAAACCUGCGGAAAUUCAUGGAGUAUAUCCAACAGCACAACUUGGACAAGGUCUCCAAGCUCCUGGAGAAGGGGCUGGAUCCCAACUACCACGACCCAGACACCGGCGAGACGCCCCUGACACUGGCUGCCCAUCUGGACAACAUGGUGGAGAUCAUCACAGCCCUGAAGGAGGGCGGAGCUCACCUGGACUUCCGCUCCAGAGACGGCAUGACCGCCCUCCACAAGGCCGUGCAGUCCAAGAACCAGAUAGGGCUCAAGAUCCUGCUGGAGCUGGGUUCGUCUCCGGACUACAAAGACAGCCAGAGCUUGACCCCCCUGUACCACACGGUGCUGGUGGGGGGCGACCCCAGCUGCUGCGAGCUGCUACUGAGGGCCAGAGCCUCUGUCUCCUGCCACGACGAGAACGGCUGGCACGAAGUCCACCAGGCGUGUCGCUAUGGCCAUGUUCAACACCUGGAGCACCUGUUGUUCUACGGCGUGGACAUGAGCGUACAGAAUGCCUCGGGGAACACGGCCCUUCACAUCUGUGCUCUCUACAAACAGGAGAACUGUGCACGAGUCCUGCUGGUGCGAGGGGCCACUAAGGCGGUGAAGAACCACAGGGGACAAACCCCCUUUCAGGUGGCUAUUAUUGCUGGGAACUUCGAACUUGCAGAGUACAUCAAAAACCACAAAGAGGCUGACAUUGUGCCUUUCCGGGAGGCCCCAUCCCCCUCCUCCACCUCCUCCUCAGCGGCGGCUGCUGGGUCGAGCCACACGAGCCGGCGUCCGGCACGCAGCACCCUGUCUGCCCCGCAGGUCCUGCUGCGCUCCAACAGCGACAACAACCUCCACGUGCAGCUGGGAGGAGGAGGCCACUCGUCGCACGGCGGCCACAUCAGCCAACAACACCACUCGCGUCCCCGCCAGCGCCCGCGCUCGCCCUCCCCCUCCCCCGUCACCUCCUCCUCGGCCCACUCCUCCAUCACCGACCCCCUGCGCAGCCUGUCGCCACGCCGGCCCCCCCAGCAGCAGAUGCCACAGAGCAGCCCCAAUGCCACAGUGAAGACCAUGGGCAGGGGGGCCCAUGCCGCCCCCCGCUCGCGGUCGCCCUCGCUGGGACGGCUGGGCGCCGGGGACGCGCGCCGUCAACAACAGCAGAACCCCCCGCGCAAGACCAGCCCACGGCCCAGCAGGGAUGGUCUGUCCAGUGCUGAGACCCCCAGCUCCAAGCGUAAGCUCUACAGUGCUGUCCCCGGCAGACACUAUGUUGUGGUGAAGUCCUACCAGCCACAGGCCGAGGGCGAAAUCACACUCUACAAGAACGACAGAGUCAAAGUGCUGAGUAUUGGAGAGGGUGGUUUCUGGGAGGGCAGUGCGCGUGGGAACGUGGGCUGGUUCCCCGCCGAGUGUGUGGAGGAGAUCGCCACCAAGGCCAAUGAGGACCGACCAUAUUCCAGAGCUGACCGAUCAGAGAGGAGGAAGCUCUUUCGACAUUACACAGUGGGAUCCUACGACAGUUUUGAUGCAUCAAGCGACUGUGUUAUUGACGAAAAGACGGUGGUGCUGCAGAAGAAGGAUAAUGAGGGAUUCGGGUUUGUUCUGCGAGGGGCGAAAGCUGAUACCCCCAUUGAGGAGUUUACCCCGACGCCAGCCUUCCCAGCCCUGCAGUACCUGGAGUCCGUGGACGAAGGAGGUGUGGCCUGGCAGGCAGGACUACGCACUGGGGACUUCCUGAUCGAGGUAAACCAGGAGAAUGUGGUCAAAGUCGGGCACAAGCAGGUGGUGAACAUGAUCCGGCAUGGCACCAACCGUCUGAUCAUCAAAGUUGUCACCGUCAGCAGGAAUCUUGAUCCAGAUGACACGGCAAGGAAAAAAAUGCCCCCACCUCCCAGGAGGGCUCCUUCCGCUGCGCUCUCCAUGCGGUCUAAGUCCAUGACCUCAGAGCUGGAAGACAUGGUUGAGACAGCCACUUUGAGGAAAAAGAGGGAUAAGGUGGAUGAAAUCGUACCCCAACAGAAAUCACCGUGGGAUAAUUCGACCUUGGACAGCCGAGUGUCUGCGCUGAAACAGCGACCCACCAGCACGUGUUUCACCAUGGCCCCUGAGAUGAAUUCUCUGUGCAAUAGCCAGGAUGUGGCAGUAGACUCCCCUCCUAUGUCUAGAAGCCCUCGAGCGGGCUUCCUGGAUGUGCCAGGAAAAGGAACUAUGAAGAGACAGACCUCUAUUGGAGUGACUGAAGAGGAGAAGCAGUUUCUUACACCUCCAGUGCUGAAAUUUACCAGAAGCCUUUCCAUGCCCGACACAUCAGAGGACAUUCCACCCCCACCAGCAGUCUCCCCGCCAUCCCCUCCGACCCCCAACAGAUCCUACGGCACCAUCCGACCGGGUUUCACCCAGACCACCCCAGCCUCCAACAACACCACACCCGAGAGAGGAGAGCCCAGCCUGGGAGGGGGGUCGGUAUGGAGGGACCAGGGCGCGUACUACAGGGACAGCCCGGAGCAUUUCGCCAACACAGGCGGCGAAUUCAACCACUCUGGUCCCACGGCCCAUCAGAGCCUGCAGACCUUACACAUGCGGCGAGCCCAGGUGCCGGAGAACCCUUACUCGGACCUAACCAAGCUCUCCCACAGCCUGUUUGUGCCCAACAAGCCCAUGAGGAGGAAGGGCAUGCUGGUCAAGCAGCCGGCGGUGGAGGACAGCCCAGAGAAGACCACCAUCUCCAUCCCCACCAUCAUCAUCAAGGAGCCGUCCACCAGCAGCAGCGGCAAGAGCAGCCAGGGCAGCAGCAUGGAGAUCGAGACGGGCACCCCGGACCACCCGGGCCAGCUGCGGCCCGACGACCUGGGCCUGAGCAACCCCUUCACCAUGGGCAUGCACAGCAGCAGGCGCGAGAAGCGACUGGAGGUACACAGGAACUCGCCGUCGUUCCGCUCCACCGACCUCGGGGAUGACGAUUCGCCGACUACCACCCCGCCGCCGCGCCUGCGCCACUCCAAGUCCAUCGACGAGGGAAUGUUCAGCAGUGACGAGCGUCUGCGACGGCUCAUGGCUCCGCCCAGCUCCCUCCUCAGCAUCCCUCGCGGCGGCGGCUCGGGGGGCGGAGGCGGCAACGUGACGGACUUUAACAGCCCCGAGCCCACUAUGGUGCGAGAGGUCCUCAACACCCGCACGGGGCACCACAGUCCCAUCAGCCUGCCCGCCAACAAGACCUACAACGUGGGCGGCGGCAACUACGUGCACCCGGUCACGGGGAAGCCUCUGGACCCCAACUCGCCGCUCGCCCUCGCUCUGGCCGCCCGGGACAGAGCCAUGCGCGAGCAGUCCCAACCCUUGCCGCUCAAGACCGCCGACCUGUCCAAGCCCGACCUCAACAAGCCCUUGUUCAUCGACACCAAGCUGCGCUCCAACAUGGAGGUGAGCUUCUCGGCCACCGCCACCAUGGGCAGGCCGGGCAGGUCGGCGCUGCGCCGGCAGAUGACGGAGGCGGCCAAGUACGACACCGAGUCCAAGUACAGCAUGCAGAUGCAGGACGGGCUGGGGAUGGGGCUGAGCCUGGGCGCCAAGGUGGAGAAGAGGCUGGAGGAGCAGAAAAAGAACAUGCUCAUCGACAUCGUGGACACAUCGCAGCAGAAGUCGGCCGGCCUACUCAUGGUGCACACCACCACCGACGGGGCCAAGAAGGACAGCAGCAAUAGCCUGUCGGACGGGGAGCGGGUGGAGGAUGGUGUGAGCCCGGACAGUAGUGCGCCUGGCGAGCUCCGCGACCCCAAUCAGCCAGCCGGGCCCCCCAAUCCCAAAUCCCUCUCUGCCAACCCGCCCCACGGAAAGACCAUCAUCACCAUCAGCUCGGUGGACGAGCCCGUCAAGCUCCCCUUCGGCAUACCUCCCCCACCGCUCGCCUCCGUGGACAUCGACGAAGAGUUUCCGUUCACCGAUCCUCUUCCCCCGCCUCUGGAGUUCGCCAACAGCUUCGACAUCCCCGAAGACCAGCGAGCGUUGGCUGAACUGCUCAAGCAGAAGGCCAAUGGGACGAUGAGAAGCUCGUCGUCACUCACCCCCUUUUACUCGCAACUGUCCGCGGGCAACGCGGGCGAAAUAAAACGUCCGACGGUGCUCACCAACUGCACGCCGCCCAGUUUCCCUCCCAUGGACACGUACGAGCCCAUAACGGACUCGGGCAUCGAAGUGGACAGUCGCAGCAGCGGAGACCCCCAGCUGGAGACCACCAGCACCGUCUCCACCGUGUCCAGCAUCUCCACGCUGUCGUCGGAGGGCGGCGAGGCCCUGGACACGUGCACGGUCUAUGCAGACGGACAGGCUUUCAUGGUGGACAGGUCGCAGGUACAACUGUCCAAGCCCAAGGUCAUCAAGCCCAUCCUCAACAAAAAUGCACUUUACAAGGACGAGGACCACCACAUGGGACCUUUCAGCAGGGUGCCCGGUGGCUCCGGCAUACCGCCACCACCCCCCGGCACGGCGCCCCCGGAGCCCCCCAAAACGCCAACGCAGAGGUCCUCGAAACUUUGGGGCGACCAGCCCCCGGACCUAAAGAGCCCCCACUCGUCUUCUGGGUCCGAGCCUAACUCCUUGGCCCUGCAGCACAUGAGCAAGGACAAAACGCCAAAGCCCGGGGAGGUGUCAGACUCUCCCACAGGAUCCAGGAAUCACUUUGAAAGCAGGAAUGCAGACAGCUUGUCCCACGUCUCAGGUACCCAGCCCGGCCCCAACAACGUGCCUCCGAACGCCUCCACUGCCGUGCCGAGCCUGCCCCCCGCCGGCGGCCCACCUCACCACCACCACCACCACCACCACGGCGGCCUGCCCGGCCAGCAGCACCACCUGCACCACCACACCCCCAGCCCCAUCAUGUCCCCGCCGGACUCUGGCCUGGGCUGCACCAACUCCUCCUCCUCCUCCUCCCUGCCGGCCACCUCCACCACCUCCCCCACCAUGACGGACGUGUUCGGCCUGCCCACGCCGCCCCUCAGCCUGGGCACGGGCCGCAGCCGCUCCCCUUCCCCGCUCACGCUGAUCCAGGCGCCCUCCAACAAGCCCUUUGCCACCAAGCCCGUGGUGAUGUGGACCAAGCACGACGUGGCCGACUGGCUGGAGAGCCUGAACCUGGGCGAGCACCGCGACGCCUUCAUGGAGAACGACAUCGAGGGUACCCACCUGCCCAACCUGCAGAAGGACGACCUCAUCGACCUGGGGGUCACACGGGUCGGCCACCGCAUGAACAUCGAGCGGGCACUCAAGGUGCUCCUGGACAGAUGAGGGUAGGGGGCUGCUGGCUGCUGGGGUGUGUUUUUUUUUUAAAUGACAUCAGAAACUCCAUAAGGCUGUUGUUUUUUUUUCUUUCUUUGAUUCCCCCUUUUUUCCUGCCUUUUUAAAGUCCUUUUGCUUUAAACGUUCCCCUACUUCCCUACUCUCUUCUCCCAGUGUUUUCUUCAUUUAUUUCUUUUUUUUUGGUUGCAUUUUUUGGGACGAUAGGAAUCCACAUAUCCUGAAGAAGUUGUGUCAACUUCAGACAAGACAGCAGAGCGGCUCCCACACACACACAAGCACAAGCAACGUCCUGUCUGAGAGUGAGCUAUCAGUCGAGUCAACCCCAAGAGAGGACCUGGGGCAGCCCACACACUCUAAUGGGAUCUACGGAGAAAAAGGCUCAUAAAGCCUUGCAACGUCAAAGUCUUUUGGGGAAAUACAUCAUUUGGAGACAACAACAAAAAAAGCUCGCUGAGCUGGAGGAGAUACAGUUUCUAUCUUUGUUAGAAAUAUGUCUUCAGGAAAAAAAAAUGGAAUAUUGAUGUAUAUUACACCUUAUGAAAUAUGUUUGCUCCCCCCUCUCCCAAUUACUUCACCCUUUUCCCUCUGGAACGUAGAUGAGACAUACAAAUAUGACUUGUUUUGUGGAAAUUGUCUCCCUCAGUUCACCCGUACUGUAGAUGGUCAUGGGUCGGGCCCUCUAGCUCUGAAAGGACUCCACUUCUUUGUACCCGCACCUGUUCUGUCAGUCCAAUAGUUGCAAAGUGCUGCACCUUCCAUCACAUUCUGUUCCAUUCACAGUAUUCCAGCAUACCUGUAUUUGAUUUUUGCUGAAAAUGGUUUUGAAUCACACAAUUAUCAUGAAAUGUUUACUUUUUUAUUUGGUCUUCCACAUGAUAUACAAUAUCAUUUCUCGUAGGUUAUAUAUGACCCCAUUUUUUGGCUGUGUUUAUUAAGGUUUUAAUGUUUUAUCCAUUUACUGUUCUCAGUACACUACUGUGAUUGAGUUCAAGGAUUCAAGGAUAUGUAUUUGUCAUAUACAAAUGAUCUCUGCUACAGACACAGAAGAAGACAUGGAAAGAACAGCAUUGGGAAGUGAGACCAAGGAAUUCCAGUUCGCUGUCACAUGUGGUGGGAAACAGGUGUACACCAAUCAAGUGGAGGCCGAUCUUUGAAAGUGACGGAUCCAGUGAGUUGGAUUUAAACAAAAAACAUAAAAAACAAUCCAUGUAGUGAGCCAUUAUUUCAGAUAAGCAUUUUGUGCUUAAAUGGAAUUGGGGGAAACAGCAAUUUCUGCACUCAGGGUUUUGUGAAGAAUCUAUUCCGUGUUUUUGUAAGCAUCGCCUUGCCGAGGAUGACAAGGAGGCCCUGACCCUCUGAAUGUUUCGCCUUUGCUGUAACUUUUGAGAGAUCUUGCCCAAAAUGUAUAUUAUUUUGUAUGUUAUUGUACCACAGCAAGAAGAUUUCAUCAGAAAGCACAGUUACCGGUAGAUGACCAUUUGGAUUUUGUUUGACUCAUGUACACCCAGCUUUUUUUUGUUUUUGUUUUGUUUUUUAAAUAAUACAGUAUAAUGACUCCUCAGCAGAGUACAGUCACUUUUGUUUACCUACUCUGUUUACAUCCGAAGGUCGUGACCUCUAGAGGAAUACAGCAUUACUGUAUAUCUAGUAUUAUUAAUUUGUUUGUGUCAGCAAAAGCAUGUGUCCUCUGGAGAGGGGAAUAGAAAAGCCUGUCACUGUAAUCUAUUAUAUCACAGCUCUGUGCAAAGGCUUAAGGCAUAUUUUGUCCUCUUUAUAUUGUUCCUUUACAUUGAUUUGUACAUUAUUUAAAUAUUUGCACAUUAGUUUUAACAUACUUUGUGUGUUGUUUAAUGAUAAGUGAAAACCAUUCAUGUAAUUUACCGAGAUUUUGUAGAUCCUUUGCACAGCACUGUGUUAUCUAGAAUGGUGUGUUUUUUUCUUCUUCAUAGAAUGGCGAGAGUUGACAUUUGUUAACAGCCUCAAUGAAAUGCUGGUAACUUGGUUUCCUUAAACAUCAAAUUCAUUUAAAAAAAGGAAUCAGUUUCUAGUUGCACAAUCCCUCAGUACCACAUCUCCUUUAAAAAAGUGUAUAUUUUUAAAUGCUGUUACCAGAUAGGCUGGAUUCUGAAUGCAGUUAGGUAAACCGAAAGAGAUGCAGGUAGUUUGUGUGGGGACAGUAUAACUGAGUUGACAAGUUUUGUGAAGUUUCUGAGAACCUUUUGCAGCUAGCAUAGGAUGGGUGACUGAGGGAGAUGACCAGGUGUUACUUUAAUUAUGGUUAUUUAAUUGAUGUUUGAUCAUUUAAUCACGGCCCCCAAAAAUGCUGUAGGGAGAUCCAGAAUACUGUUGCUAAAUACCUAUUAUAGAGGAGUUUUAGAGUUAAUAUAUCAUCUCAGUAUAUCUUAUUUUAAGAGACAUAUAGGAAAAUGCACAGUAUUUUAAUUAUAGAGAUAUUGAAUAUUUAUUAUGUUUUAAAGACAUUAACUCUCAUCUGUGGUUUGUGCCAAUAAUAUGUGUGAUAUCAGCUAAGAAGCAAUACAAACUGUCAACAAAUCUGUCAAUCUUCUCUGACAUUGAGCUUUUUCACCAUCAUGGACUCCACUAAAGUCUAAAUGGACUAUAUCAUCAUAUUCUGUAGAGCUUGGUGAUCUAGAAUAAUACUUGAUAUUUGAGUUAUCACUAUCACCUGCUUCGUUUAGCUACUGCAAUGAAAUACAGAAAAAAAGAAAAAAUGGCAUAGUUUUGUAUUUUUGUGUGUAUAUGACGAGACACCGAUAGACUUAUGAGGUCUUGCACAGUUAGUCCCAGGUCACCUCGACACUGUACCAUAGGAAAGAGUCUCACCUGAAUGUGACCAGUGUGUGUGAAAAUGAAAUUAAAAACGUAAAUACCAAUGUUAAUGUAUACGGAUUCUGAUUUUAAAAAAAGUGUUGUAUAGUUACUUUGAGCAAUGGUCAAAGCCACGCUUUUGACAUUGUAUAUUUCAAGAUCGGCGAGGAUGUAAGGAAUGCAGUGCAAACGAAUAGGCAAGAUUAUUUUUCCCAUAGGAGUAUACCAAGACAAAUUCUGUUUGGAUUUUGUUUUCAUUGGGUUUCCUUCUCAUUUCUACUUCAUUGACAGGUCUUUCUCUCUCUCUCACACACAAACACACACGCACAGACACACACUCUCCUGUGGGGAAUGCAUUCACUUGAUCUAUGUUGCUGUAAUUUUGUGCUACAUUAAUUUUGAAGGUAAAUAAUUAAGAUCAAAGAGAGACAUUUCUGUGACUGCACUAUUCCUCUGAAUCCUCAAUACUCAUGUAUGGAAACCAAAAUUUACCAAAAGAAAAAUAAAUGAUA